AUGAAUUAUGAAAUUACUAAAAGAAUAUUUAACCUUAUGAAAAGUAGAAGGACUAAUAGUCAUAAGCAUCAAACUGAAUAGCCUUCGUAGAUGAGCUAGUCAAUCACUAAAAGAUAAAAUAAUAAAAUAGAGUUAAAAUAUGUUAAGAAUGAAGUAAAUGAAUCCAGAGUAAAAAAGCUAAAACUUUUAGAUGAACAUAUCUAUAAACCUACUCCUUACAUGUCUAAUUGUUUUCUAUAAAGCCUAUUUAAUAUAGCUUUUAGUGAUAAUCUUUGUAUUAACUAUAAAAGAGAGCUUGUUAAGCUGCAGGAUGGGGGAUAAAUAUCUCUAGAUUGGGCUCUACCUAUUAAUUUAAAAACAGCACAAGAAUAUAAUCCUAGUGACGACACAAAAAUUUUAUUUGUAGUUCAUGGCUUGACAGGUGGCUCUAAUAUGAACUACAUAAAAGAAAUGAUUUAAUAAGGCUAAGCUAGUGGCUAUAGAUGUGUUGCUUUUAAUUCAAGAGGUAUUAAUACUUAGUUGACAACUCCUGUUCCUUUCAAUGGCGAGUGUCUAGAUGAUCUUAGUUAUGCCCUGAAUCUUAUAAAGAAAAGAUAUCCUAAAGCUCCUCUGUUUGCCGUUGGAGCAAGUUUUGGCUCUAAUAUGCUCCUUCGCUUGGUAGGAAAUAUGAAAGAAAGGAAUUUUUUAGAUGGAAUUGUAGGUUUAUCUACUCCUUUUAAUGUUAUUCAGUGUAUUGAAAAGCUUGGUAGAGUUUAUGAAGAGUUUUUUGUUUACAGGUAUAAGGCAAACUGUAUAGAUCCUCAUUUAAAAAUUUUGAAAUCUUUAGAGAAAACUCAUAACAUAGACUUUAAAAAAAUAGCUAAAGUUAGAAGUUUAAGAGAAUAUCAUGAGCAACUUUCAAUUAAAUUAUUUAAUUAUUCUUCAGUUGAUGAAUAUUUUGAAAAAUCAAUGGUCAAAUCUGAAUAAUUACUGAAUAUCAAGUGUCCAUCCCUCUUACUUCACUCAAAAGAUGAUCCUAUUGUUACAUAUGAAUGCAUUCCUUAAGAUAUUUUAAGAAAGAACCCUUUUAUAAUCUAAGCAGAUACAGAAAAUGGAGCUCAUAAUUGUUGGUUCACAGGAAUAAAACCAGAAAGGUGGUAUCCUAAACCUGUUAUUUAGUUUUUUGAAGUACUUUUAGAAGAAAAUUAACAAGAGACAUCAUUUGGUAUGGAAGAAAAAUGCGAUUGA